AUGUAUUUUUCUUCUCCUGUAAAGUGUCUCCGGUAUUCCCCUUUGGCGCUCCUUGUCUAUAAAUUAACGCAUCCACCACCUCUCUUUCCAUUCAUUCAUUCCGUUCUUCUCCUUCACCCCUUCCUUUUUUACGUUCAUUCUCUUUUCUCCAUUGUUGGUUGAAGUUUUUCGUUUGGGGCCAUGGCUUUGACUCGCUCUCACUCUCUCAAGGAGAGGCUCGAUGAGACUCUUGCUGGACAGAGGAAUGAGAUUUUGGCCCUUCUUGCUAGGAUCGAGGCUAAGGGCAAGGGAAUCCUGCAGCAUCACCAGGUCAUUGCUGAGUUUGAAGAAAUCCCUGAAGAGAAGAGGCAGAAGCUAUAUGAUGGUGCCUUUGGAGAAGUUCUGAGAUCUACUCAGGAAGCCAUAGUGCUGCCACCAUUUGUUGCUUUGGCAGUUCGUCCAAGGCCUGGUGUUUGGGAGUACCUGCGCGUGAAUGUGCACGCGCUUGUUGUUGAUGAGUUGCGUCCUGCUGAGUACCUCAAGUUCAAGGAAGAGCUUGUUGAUGGCAGUUCCAACGGCAACUUUGUGCUUGAGUUGGACUUUGAGCCUUUUAACGCAUCCUUCCCCCGCCCAACACUUAACAAGUCAAUUGGGAAUGGCGUUGAGUUCCUUAACCGCCACCUUUCCGCUAAGCUUUUCCAUGGCAAGGAGAGCAUGCAGCCAUUGUUGGAGUUCCUAAGGCUUCAUAGUUACAAUGGAAAGACUAUGAUGUUGAAUGACAGGAUUCAAAACCUGAAUUCUCUUCAACAUGUUCUGAGAAAGGCAGAGGACUAUCUGGUUACACUUGCUCCCGAAACACCCUACUCAGUAUUCGAGCACAAAUUCCAGGAGAUAGGUUUGGAGAGAGGGUGGGGUGACACCGCCGAGCGUGUCCUCGAGAUGAUCCAGCUUCUCCUGGAUCUCCUCGAGGCACCUGACCCUUGUACCCUGGAGACAUUCCUUGGAAGGAUCCCUAUGGUCUUCAAUGUGGUGAUCCUUUCUCCCCAUGGUUACUUUGCUCAAGACAAUGUCUUGGGAUACCCUGAUACUGGUGGCCAGGUUGUUUACAUCUUGGAUCAAGUUCGUGCAUUGGAGAAUGAGAUGCUCAACCGCAUCAAGAAACAAGGCUUGGACAUCACCCCUCGCAUUCUCAUUCUCACCCGGCUUCUCCCUGAUGCUGUUGGAACUACUUGCGGCCAACGGCUUGAGAAGGUAUUCGGCACUGAGCAUUGCCACAUUCUUCGAGUUCCCUUUAGAACAGAGAAAGGAAUUGUUCGCAAAUGGAUCUCAAGAUUCGAAGUCUGGCCCUACCUAGAAACUUACACUGAGGAUGCUGCUCAUGAACUUGCCAAAGAGUUGAAAGGCAAGCCAGAUCUGAUUGUUGGAAACUACAGUGAUGGAAACAUUGUUGCCUCUCUGUUAGCACACAAAUUGGGUGUAACUCAGUGUACCAUUGCUCAUGCACUUGAGAAGACCAAAUAUCCAGAAUCUGACAUUUACUGGAAGAAAUUUGAUGACAAAUAUCACUUCUCAUGCCAAUUCACAGCUGAUCUUUUUGCAAUGAACCACACAGAUUUCAUCAUCACCAGUACCUUCCAAGAAAUUGCUGGAAGCAAGGACACUGUUGGACAAUAUGAGAGCCACACUCACUUCACCCUUCCUGGACUCUACCGUGUUGUCCACGGCAUUGAUGUCUUCGAUCCAAAGUUUAACAUUGUCUCUCCUGGUGCCGACAUGAGCAUUUACUUCCCAUACACUGAAACCGAGCGCAGGUUGACAUCCUUCCACCCGGAGAUUGAAGAGCUACUGUAUAGCAAUGUAGAGAACGAGGAGCACAUAUGUGUACUGAAGGAUCGUACCAAGCCAAUUAUCUUCACCAUGGCGAGGUUGGACCGUGUGAAGAACAUCACAGGACUUGUUGAGUGGUAUGGCAAGAACGCCCGCCUUAGGGAGCUCGUGAACCUUGUCGUGGUAGCCGGAGACAGGCGGAAGGAGUCCAAGGACUUGGAAGAGAAAGCUGAGAUGAAGAAGAUGUAUGGCCUCAUUGAGACUUACAAGCUAAACGGCCAAUUCAGGUGGAUCUCCUCACAAAUGAACAGAGUGAGGAAUGGAGAGCUUUACCGUGUGAUCUGCGACACCAAAGGUGCGUUCGUGCAGCCUGCGAUCUACGAAGCGUUCGGUCUGACAGUUGUUGAGGCCAUGACUUGUGGAUUGCCAACAUUUGCAACUUGCAAUGGUGGUCCUGCUGAGAUCAUUGUCAAUGGAAAAUCUGGCUACCAUAUUGAUCCUUACCAUGGUGAUCGUGCUGCUGAGAUUCUUGUUGAUUUCUUCGAGAAGAGCAAGGCUGAUCCAUCUCACUGGGACAAGAUCUCUCAGGGUGGUCUCAAGCGUAUUCAUGAGAAGUAUACGUGGCAAAUUUACUCCGACCGCCUGCUGACUCUCACUGGAGUCUACGGCUUCUGGAAGCAUGUGACCAACCUUGACCGCCGCGAGAGCAAGCGUUACCUUGAGAUGUUCUAUGCCCUCAAAUACCGCAUGCUGGCUGAGUCUGUGCCCCUUGCUGUCGAGUAAAAUCAAGUCAAGCGAAGAUUGAGGAGCUUCACAUAUGGUGAAAUCGGCUUUUUCUCUUCUGGAGUCUUGUGGAGUUGAUAUAUAUAUAUUUCAAUUAUUUUGAGAUUGUAUUUGAUUAGGUUUUGGUAUUAUAAGAAAAGCUUAAAAAAGUGUUUUUUAUUUUUAUUAUUAUUAUUAUUAUGUAUUAUUGGAUGUUUUGAAAUCUUUAAAUUUGGGGUCUACCCCAUCAUUUCAAUUCUAAGCAUUGUCCUCUCCACUUAUUUGGUUCA